CCCUUUGGCGGGGAAAUGAUGGCUGGGGAUUGGCUUGCCCCAGUAUACCUUCAGCAACAAGUUGUUCAUGAGGAUUUGGUGAAUCUCUUGACUGAUCCAGAGAUUCCAGCAAAAUGUGGGCCGCCACCAGCUAUUGAUAAUGCAAUGCUUAUUGCUCGCCGAGCACAAGAAUACUUUUCAGGUGCAAACGUGAUAUACCAGUGCUAUAGAUUGUAUGUAAUGGAAGGCACUCCAGUUGCAAGGUGUUCAAAUGGUCACUGGAGAGGCGUGCCCAGAUGUGUGCAAACAUGUAGAGCAGAUGAAAGUGAUAUGGAUGACAACAAUAUACAACUGAAAUAUAUAACUAAAUCAACAUCCAUGACAGCAUCUGAUUACUGGAUGGAAUUUGAGUGUAAAGCAGGAUUUCAUAAGGAUCCGUCAUCAUCACCUUUUAGAAAACAAUGUGUAAAAGGACCAUGGGUGUAUCCAAGAUGCAUAUAGAUGACAGCUGGAAACUGGAUGAAAUCCAAGAGAGAGAAAUGGAUUUUAAGAGAUACAUUUAGCAGAAUAUGGAGAUCUAAGCACUUGGAAUUUAUUUACCAGAGUCCUGAAGAACCUGGAUCAUUUUCAGAUCAAACAUAAAAUUAAGCCUCUAUCUAAAUCAAUCAUUACAUCUUCAUUUGCUGAAUACCACUUUUUAAGCUUAUAAAACUUUGCCUUAGUACAAUAAUCAACAUUGCUGUCUCAAUAUUGUGCUUAAAUGUCUCCCAGAUUCUUUCUUUUGCUUGUUCCUGUAUCUUCCCAGUCCUAAGGCUCUAAUUUUGUGAUUACUUCAAGAUGGACAGAGAAUGAAGUGUUGGUCAAUUCUUAAAUUUUCCUACUUUUCUUUAUUUCAAGUAAUUGCUAAUGUCACUCAUCAUUCUUUCAGCUUUCUGUUCCUUUUACAUUUUUCUGUGAUGAAAUUUCAAGUUAUUACUAUGGAAAUAUAAAAAAAAUUAUGAUGACAGAAGUUUUAUGUUACUGCAUAUCUUAACAUUGCUAAGUUGUUCAUGAAUGCGAAAUUAAAGCAAUGGCAAAGA